UUGGUUGAAAACUAAUGCCGUGUUCAUAGUCCACAGCCACUUUGAAUCACAAGGCUGCGCUCCACCCUUGUGGCACUUAUUUUAUUGUACAUACUAUUAAGCCUGUGAUGCUUAUAAAAGGCGCCAGUUUUCAAACAUGUUAACUAACCCUUUUAUAAAGCAAAGAAAAAGGGAAAACUGAGAGAAAGAGAGUGAGAGAGUAAUCUUGUGAUCUUGCUUUCUGUUGGUUUUUGAAGAUGGUUUAUUCAUAUGUUGUGGGAGGAAUCAUGGCUUCUCUGUUUGGGCUUGUUGUGUUGUACAAUUCAAGAAAAAAGAGGACGAACAGGGGAGCUUUGAUGGGGAGAAUGAGGGAUGAAUGUCCUAAGACCUCUGGAAAUGGAGGAUGCAGUCUGGAGAUCACAGAAUGUAGUGAUGUGAUUAUUGUUGGUGCUGGAGUUGCUGGGUCUGCUCUUGCUUACGCUCUUGGCAAGGAUGGACGCCAAGUACAUGUGAUUGAAAGGGACCUCUCUGAGCCUGAUAGAAUUGUGGGAGAACUGCUUCAACCUGGUGGCUAUCUGAAAUUAGUUGAUCUGGGUCUAGAAGAUUGUGUCAAAGGGAUAGAUGCCCAGAAAGUGUUUGGAUAUGCACUUUACAAAGAUGGGAAACACACUCAACUGUCGUAUCCCUUGGAGCAUUUUCAUCCUGAUGUGGCUGGGAGAGGCUUUCAUUAUGGGCGUUUCAUUCAGAGCCUGAGAGCAAAAGCUGCUUCCAUUUCCAGUGUAAGAUUGGAACAAGGAACAGUAACAUCCCUGAUUGAACAAGAUGGGACUAUCAAAGGGGUGCAGUACAAGAACAAAGCUGGUGAAGUAAUAACUUCAUAUGCCCCGUUUACGAUUGUAUGCGAUGGUUGUUUUUCAAAUUUGCGGCAAUCUCUCUGCAAUCCCAAGGUGGCUAUGCCCUCAUCUUUUGUUGGUUUGGUCCUGGAAAACAGCCCCCUUCCAUACGCCAACCACGGACAUGUUAUCUUGGCAGAUCCUUCGCCUGUCCUGUUUUAUCCCAUCAGUAGUUAUGAGAUCCGUUGUUUGGUGGAUGUCCCUGGCCAAAAGGUGCCCUCCAUAUCCAGUGGAGAAAUGGCUCACUAUUUGAAAACUGCAGUGGCUUCCCAGAUCCCCCCUGAGCUAUAUAGUGCCUUCAUAUCUGCAAUCAACAAAGGAAACAUUAAAACAAUGCCAAAUAGAAGCAUGCCUGCAUCACCCCUUCCAACCCCAGGAGCACUUUUACUUGGGGAUGCGUUCAACAUGCGACAUCCUUUAACAGGAGGUGGAAUGACCGUGGCCCUAUCUGAUGUUGUCGUACUAAGGGAUCUCUUCAGGCCAUUGCAGGAUCUGAAUGAUGCAGCUGCUGUGUGCAAGUAUCUUGAAGCCUUCUAUACUCUAAGGAAGCCGGUGGCAUCUACAAUAAAUACAUUGGCAGGAGCUCUAUACAAGGUGUUUUGUGCAUCACCUGAUCAAGCAAGGAAGGAAAUGCGCCAAGCAUGUUUUGACUAUUUGAGCCUGGGAGGUGUCUUUUCCAAUGGACCUGUGUCUCUGCUCUCUGGUCUAAACCCUCGCCCAUUGAUCUUGGUUCUCCAUUUCUUCGCUGUAGCAGUUUAUGGCGUUGGCCGCUUACUGCUUCCAUUCCCUUCACCUAAACGGAUGUGGCUUGGGGCUAGGCUGAUUUCGGGUGCAGCGACUAUAAUAUUCCCCAUUAUAAAGGCUGAAGGAGUGAGACAAGUGUUCUUCCCUGCAACUGUUCCAGCAUACUACAGAGCUCCUCCUAUGAUCUGAGAUAAGGAAAUCAAUGAAUUCAAACAGGAUACAUCCAUGCAAUAUAAAUUCCAGGAUUUUUUCUUGAAUGGGAAUAAAAUUUCUAUCAAAACUUUGAACUGUGUACUUCAAAAGGAAUAUACAAAACAUUUUGUUACCCAUCAUUGGAACUGAGUAACCUUGGAAUAUCAUUCUCUACAUUUGAGCAUUUAGUAAAUGCAACAAUAUCUCUUUGAGACUUUGGUAGCAAAAGUUGUCAUAGUUCCUUGAAAGCACUCCCAUGGGAAUUGGAUCAGGUUGUUUGU